CAUAGAGGUGCGCAGCGAGGAACAACUGGAAGACUACAUUGUGGAAAUUGACAUUCUGGCAUCCUGUCGCCACAGUCAUGUUGUUGCUCUUCUGGAUGCCAUUUUCUUCGAGGGAUGGCUGUGGAAAUUGCCCAAAGCAUGCCAUCAUGUGCAUAAGGGCACCGUGAUGGACUGGCAUCCCAUCCAGGUGCUCCUGUUUUGGACCCUGUCCUGCCUGUGAUAGCGCUCAGGCCCCGCUACCUCCAUGGCCAGGAUAAGUAGUUGGAAGAAGAAUGGACUGGAAUCAGGAACAAAAGACCCCUGACUUUGAGAUAAUGUCCCUACAGCUUCCUAAAGACACUGCUGAAAUAUGCUUUGAAUUGUUUGGCAAAUAUUGACAGUAUUACAGCUCAGAACAUGACUAGCUGUUCUUACAAAAGCCUAAAUUGCUGACCUCUGUCUUCCCAUGAGAUCCACAGCACAGAAACAGGUCUUUUGAGUGCUGGAAGUGAUGAGUCUGACAUCUUGUGGUCUUGUGCUGGGAAAUUUCCUAAGCAACAUUACCAAGAGACCCCUAUGAAUUAACGCUAUUUCUCUCUCUGUUUCACUCACACAGAUCCUGAUUGAGUUUUGUCCUGGGGGGGCCCUCGAUGACAUAAUGUUAGAGCUGGAGCGUGGUCUGUCGGAGCAGCAGAUCAGCGAGGUGUGCUGCCAGACGCUGCAGGCCCUGUCCUACCUGCACCAACAUCACAUCAUCCACAGAGACCUGAAAGCCGGCAACAUCCUGCUCACCACGGAGGGUCACGUCAAGCUGGCUGACUUCGGAGUAUCUGCAAAAAAUGCCAACACUCUCCAGAGGAGAGCAACCUUUAUUGGAACUCCUUACUGGAUGGCCCCAGAGGUGGUGCAGUGCGAGACCUCCAAGGACAACCCGUACAGCACAAAGGCAGACAUCUGGUCCCUGGGCAUCACACUCAUUGAGGCUGCAGAGAUAGAGCCCCCACACCACUCUCUGAAUCCCAUGAGAGUCCUGCUGAAGAUCGCCAAGUCGCCCCCUCCCACACUCGCCAACCCCCGACUAUGGUCUUCCCACUUCCAGGAUUUCCUGCGCAGAGCUCUGCAGAAGAACCCCGAGUCGCGCUGGAGCGCGCAGCAGCUGCAGGCCCACCCCUUCGCCUACGCGGGGCGAGACGGCCACGCCCUACGCGAUCUCAUCGCAGAGGCCAAGGCCGAAGUCACCGAGGAGAUCGAGGCUGAGUCGUUGCUGGACCUGCAGAGGUCAUUGCCAGAAGAGAUGGCUAAUGAUUCUGAGAAACUGGCCACCCUGCCGGGGGAUGAGGGAGAUGGUAAUGGACCAGUGAAGCAGUCUGAGUGCCCUCCAGAUGCCCCGCCCACCAUGGAACAAGGCGACAGAGAAGGGGACCCCACUGCCUCUGUGGAGCCGAAGAAGAAUGAGAAUGUUCUUGUGACCCGGAGGUCAUCCAGCGCUGCAAAGAACAAGCAGAAGCUAAUGAGGCGUCUGUCUGUCCCCGGAACCCUGUUCUCCUUUCUCACCGGCAGCUCCAGGCGCUGCAAGUCGGGCUUUUGGGAGGAACCGACGGCUGAGAGGAAUGAGAAUGAGGCCCAGGCGAGCGGCCAGCUGGUCUCAUCGAGUGCUGAGAGACUCGGUCCUCUGGGAAGCCAGGAGAAUUUGGAAAAAAGCACGAGCACCACUAGUAAAGAAGAGACUUCCCUUUUGACAGCAGAUGAAGGGGGGGCCAGCGACGGUGACAAAGCAGGCAGUCCACAUGAGCAUGAAGAAGAGAUCACAGUGGCACUAAAGGCUGAAUGUCAAGCAACGGAUUCACCUGAAAUAGACAUGAGUCCAACCUGUGAUUAUGAAGCUGACAAUGCUGCAGUUUCAGAUGAGGAUUGUACAGGCUUGGUAACUGAGGUCAAUGCAGAUAAGGCAGUGCCUACAAGUUCUACAGAAUGCUCCCAAAACAGCAAAACACCAGAUCUGGAUAUCAUAUUCACCUGUGACGUUUCCCGUAUGCCGCUACGUCUGCAAAAUGAACUGGUCCUAGCCUUAUCAUUAGAAUGGCCAAAGACCUACUCAAAAGAUGAUGGGAAAUCGGGGUUUUCAGCACUGGAAUACCUGGAUUUGUGCACAAUAAACAAAGAAGCUGAUCUUCGAGUCAUUGUGCCGAUAAACGAAAUCGACACUAGAGAAGAAAGCCAGAGUGUGACAGAGGAAGCUGUGAAGGACCCGGAAGAACCUGAAGUUGACGGUGUGGAACAUAACGAGGUAAAGAGGAUAGAUGAAGGAGUUGUGGAGGAGGUGGAAAUACUGAAAAUAAAAGAGCAAGACAGUGAGGCAGAAGGUUACUGUGAGGAGGUGGGACUGCAAAAGGAAGUAGGGUCAGUGGAGAUGUAUGAAAAAGAUAAAGUAUUGGAGGAACUGGAUGUAAAAAUAAUGGACACUGAGCAAUCACUGGUCCAUUCAGAGAUAGCCAACGAUGAAGGCAUUGAGCACGAUGGCAAUGAGACCACACGGUCUAAACAGGAGACAGCGGUUUUGGCUGAUAACGAAACCAACAUCUCAUACAUUCAGUUAGAGAAGGAAAAAGUGGGAUGGAUAGAGACAGGUGAGGAUGACAUGGAAAAAGAGAAGGAAUCUGGGAAAACAGAAAACCAGCCAGAGCCAGUGAAUUGUGAAAGUGUAAACAAUGAAGAAACAAAUGAGGAUAUGAAAGCUGGGAAAGUUGAAGAGACAGAUACUGUUGGAGCGGAAAUAGUGGAGGAAAAAGAGGAGGUGGAGAAGGAAAGGACAAAAGACAUAAUGCCAGGAGAUCUUGGAAAGGUGCCAGGAGAUACGACAGAUGAGGUGACAGAGCUGCCUGAGGAGCACAAGGAGAAAACAGACGAUGGAGAAAAUGCUGGUACCAAGACGUCUGAGGACAGCAAAGAGUCAGUCACUGCGUCCCAGAAAUCCAGCAAGAGGGUAAACUUUGCAGAGGAGACUGAGAUUAAAAGAGACGGAGGGCAGGAAGAUGUUCUGAACGGGAUUGCUGCAGGGUCGCAAACACCAGACAACGUGAGCACUAGAUCCGGUGGCCACGAGCUCACCGAGGAUCAACCAGGAUCGCCACUAAACAAGAGCCAGCCUAACAGCCCAGAUACGGAGAUUCCAUUUCCUCUAACGUCAGGAGCUGACGGGGACCUGCCUUCUAACAGAAAAACAAUUAAAAAGACGCGUAAGUUCAUGGUGGACGGGCGGGAAGUGAGUGUCACCACAUCUAAAAUCAUCAAUGAUGGUGACAAAAAGGAUCAGCUGCUGCGAUCUGUCAGACGACAGGAGCUGCAUGCACUCAAGGUUCUGCAGCGUGAGGAGCAGCGUGAGUAUGCGCAGAUGGAGCAGCGGCUGCAGCAGCAGAGGGAGCAGAUGUUCCGCCAUAUUGAGCAAGAAAUGACGAGCAAGAAGCAAUAUUACGACGGGGAGCUGGAGAGGGUGGAGCGACAGUACCGGCAGCAGGCCGACCGCAUGGAGGCGGAGCACACGGCGCGGCUGCGGGAGGAGGCACGGCGCCUGAAGGGGCAGCAGGAGCGCGAGCUGGAGCGGAAGGCGCCGGCACUCAAGGCCGACCCCCGGGAGGAGCAGAGAUUCCUCCAGAAGCAGCAGCAGGAGCUGAACGAGGGUCUACAGAGGGCUGUCCAGGAGCACAAGAGGAAGGUGGCCUCUAUGGAGUGGGAGGUCACUGUCAAGACCCAGCAGCUCAAGAGAGCCCGGGAGUCAGUGAUCUGGGAGCUGGAACAGCGCCACCUGCAGGAGAAGUAUCACCUGUUCAAGCAGCAGGUGAAGGAGCAGUUCUCACUGCAGAGGCAGCAGCUCACGAAGAGGCACAGCAAGGACAAGGAGCGCACCAGCCGCUUUCACCAGUCCCUGAUCGAGGAGCAGAAAGCACGGCAGAUGCAGGAGAGGACACAGCUCCAGCGUUCCCAGCGCGCGGAGGCCAAGGCCCAUCUGGUGCAGUUCAAACUGGAGCUGCGAAAGCAGGGUUUGAGUAGCACUGAGCAGAAGCAGCGCCUCAGCCAGUUUUUGUUGGAGGAGGAGGGGAGGCAGAAGCAGGAGAAGCAGAACCUGCAGCAGAGCCAUGAGCAGCAGCAGACGGAGCUCCAGGAGCAGUGUGAGAGCAGCGUGGCUGAGCUGCAGCAGCUGCAGAAUGAGAAGCUGCAGCUGCUGGUGGAGCGCGAGAAGACGAAGAUCAGGGGGCUGGAGAAUGAGCACACACUUGAGCUCAACGAGUGGAAGAACAGGCUGUCCUGCAGGAAAGAGGUGCUGGAGGAGGACCUGGAGCGCAGGCGCAGGGAGAAGCAGGGCACGCGCAGGCGAAGCGAACCAGAGCCGCGCAGCGCCACCCGCCGCAACCGCUUCUUCCCCAGCUUCACUUGAGGAACACAUGCACGGACAUAGGCGAUAACAUACACACACGCUAAACAGAUGAGAACCCGAUUUACAGAGACAUAAUCCGAGUUUCUCGGCAGUAAGCUGUCCCGAUAUAAAUGAACGGAUAUUGGUCAAACUAAAUAGAGCCUAACAGAUUAAUUCUGAAGUUGUAAAUAUUAAUGUAAUAUUGUUCAAACUUUGUUAUGUAACAUUUUUUACUGAAUAAAACUGACCUGCGUAAUGUGUUAUUCUGUUACAGUUGAA